CAAGCAGUGCAGCUCCCUCAUUAGCAGAGGUUUGAUGUCAGACACGUCCUGAAUGUGACAACUCCUCCAGUUUGUGCUUCUAGGCCUACCUCUGCAACAUGAAGAUGUUUCUAAUCUUACUGUUCAUUGCUUUAUGGGGUAACAGUUUGGCAAGUGUGAGGGUACAGGACAGAAGAUUUCAGAGGAACACAAGAAUUGAUCCCAAGCCAGCUAACAGUCCUGCUUCACUUUCUUCAAACCUAUUUCCAGGUGGUCACUGUCUUGUGAAUGGAAUGGUCAUGUUUGAGAGUGCUGUUUGGUCCCCAAAGCCUUGCAGUGUCUGUUCAUGUAAGCGUGGGAAGGUGAAUUGUGAGAAUAUGCUGUGCAGCUCUUCUGCAUGUGUAGGUCCAGCUUGUGUCCCUUCAGAUCAUAACCCUGCAGCAUCACUGGUGCCAGGAAAGAAACUUGGAAGAAAAAUUGCUCAGGCAUCUCAGACAAAAACACCAGCUGACAGGAUGAAGCAAAAAAGUGAAAAAGUCCAGGCUGCCGCCAGCCCCCAACAGGAUGUGCAGCAGAAUGGCAAACCAAGAAAGCAAGAAGUGGUCUCACAGAGAAAGGAGAAAGCCCCCCUUAUGUCCGAGAGGCAAAAAGAGAGAAAAAUGAAGAAACAGGAUGUUAAAUCUGGAAAACAGGAAGUGGGUGGCAGUACCAUGAAACAGGAAAGAAAGAAAGGAAAUAUGAGAAAGGAAGAGAAAGCAGCUAAGACUUUUGAGGAGAAGGAAAAGGUGAAAUUUCUUACAAAGGGUACCCAGCAGACUAGUCUCAAGUGGUUGGAUGGACCCAAGCUGAAUGCACCAAGCCACCCAAGGCUAAAUGAUCUAAAUGAUUUUGAUGAUGCAGACAGCAAUGAAAACAAUCAUGAAGAUAUCUAUGAUGAUCUAGGAGACUUUUUCUUUGGAAGGACACUUCCUGAUCAGCCACGCCCAUCACGCACAAGACAUGCCAUCAUGGAGUCACUUCCAGUUGGCUGUAUCCUUUCUGAAUCUACUAUUGGCUGCGGUGGUACCAAGAUGACCCAUGUCCCUAUCCUGAAUGAUCCUGGUAUCAAGACACUUUACUUAGCAGAAAAUGAAAUAUCCAAGAUUCCUGCUGGGGCUUUCUCAGGACUUACAGGUCUGGAGUGGCUUGAUUUGAGCAAGAACCGCCUCAAUGACUCAUCAUUUUCAAGUGAACUCUUCCAGAACCUAACAAAGCUGAAGAGGCUGAACUUGGAUGGGAACUUCCUAACCAAGAUUCCACUCCUUCCUCCAUCAUUAGAAGAGCUGAAAAUGAAUGACAACAAAUUGAAAGGCUUAGAUCAGCAAUCUUUUAAAGGCCUUUCAAAACUUCUGACAUUGGAAUUGGAAGGAAAUGGUCUGCACGAUGGCAAUGUGAUCCCUCUGGCUUUUAAGCCUCUCAUCAGACUCAUCUAUCUAAGGCUGGAUGAGAACCGUUUCAGAGCUUUGCCAUCAGGUCUGCCAAGCUCACUUCAGGAGCUGCACAUGGAAGAAAAUUUAAUUGAAGAUAUUCAGGAGGGCAUUCUCAAUAAGACCCUGAAUCUCGUUGUGCUGGUGCUAAGUAAUAAUCACAUUCAGGAGAAUCGCAUAGCUCCACAUGCUUGGUUCCACCUCUCGAAACUGGAAGCUAUAGAUUUAUCCUACAAUAGACUUGUCCAUGUGCCGUCCUUCCUCCCUAUUAGUCUACGCCAGCUGACCUUACAUCACAACCAGAUUGAGCGAAUUCCUGGCUAUGUAUUUGCUCACAUGAAGCCUGGGCUUGAGUUCCUUCAUCUAUCCCAUAACAAGCUACGUGAUGAUGGGAUCCAUGGUGUGUCCUUCAUGGGACUGUAUCACUCAUUAACUGAGCUGUUGGUGGACAACAAUCAGCUACGUACCAUACCAAGAGGCAUUCUUAAUCUCAAGUCCCUGCAGGUGUUACGCCUCAAUGACAACCACAUCAGGUAUGUUCCACUCAACUCGGUCUGUGAUACCAGAGUGACAGAAGAUUCCUCACUGAUCUCGCUGCAUCUUGAGAACAAUCUAAUUGACCGCCGUCAGAUUCCUCCUACUGCCUUUUCUUGCAUCAAGACAUACCACAGUGUUAUACUGAGACCUCAGAAGUUUGAAGAGUGAGCUUGCAACACCUGCUAUCAAUAUAUGCUUCUUUUUAAGCGAUUGCUAGCACUAGCAAUAGCACUUAUCCUACCUUUUAUAUUUUGAAACAUGUUAGAAGUAGUUUAUAAAAUUUAGAAUAAAAAUGUAGUUCUUAGGUAAACCUCUGUACCAGCAAACUGUAAGUGUGUCACUCCAGUUUGUCUCAAAAUAGACUGGGCAAAUAUAACAACUGUGACUCUUCUGUGAUUAUGCUAAAGAAUAUUAUUAAUGUUUUAGUUCAAUGCUGAAGUUACAUAUAACUACUGAAUUAAACAACUUAUGGAGAAGAUGACACAACGUGUUACACAGUAUUGUUUGGGCUUCAUGUUUAAUUAAGUUUUGCACUGUGGAGUUCACAUGCCACCAUCUUUUUUAAUUGGGUUUCUUACUGCAGUCCAGUAUUAUGGCAUUAAAUUGAUUGUUUACUCUUAA